AUACCACUCCAAACAUACGAGCUUUUUACGCUGAGUUGUUCACAAUUUUUACUCAUUCCGUGUCUUGAACCCGUCAGUUUGAGCCAAUCGCCACGGUGCGUUUGCCUGCAUACGUUAAUCACGAUUAAGAAUUACAUUCAAGCGGUGUCCUAGUUCAGCUCCCGGUGACUAGAAAGUGAUAAGGAAACUGUUCUUGUGAGGAAUAUUUGCACAGAAAACGCAGCUCCAGCCAACGAAGAAAUAAUGGGAGUGCCGAAGGUUUACGUUGUCGGUGUCGGAAUGACUAAAUUCGAGAAACCCGGCCGCCGGGAGAACUUCGACUACCCGCAGAUGGCGAAAGAGGCGGUGACGAAGGCCCUCAACGAUGCCCGUAUCAAGUAUGAGGACGUUCAGCAAGCCACCGUCGGCUACGUGUACGGUGACUCGACCUGCGGCCAGCGAGCGUUGUACGAAAUCGGCUUCACCGGUAUUCCCAUCUAUAAUGUGAACAACAACUGUUCGACGGGUUCCACGGCGCUGCUGCUGGCCAAGCAGCUGAUCGAGACGGGAAACAAUGACUGCGUGCUGGCGCUAGGUUUCGAAAAGAUGGAACGCGGUUCGUUGACUUCCAAGUACAUGGACCGAACCAAUCCGGUUGAGCUGUUAGUUUCGGCUAUGGCGGAAAAGUUCGACAUCACCGGGGCACCAAUUUCUGCGCAGCUGUUCGGUAAUGCUGGUCUGGAACACAUGCAAAAGUACGGCACGAAACCCGAACAUUUUGCCAAGAUUGCCUACAAAAAUCAUAAACAUUCCACCAAUAAUCCCUACUCGCAAUUUCAAGAUGAAUACUCGUUAGAGCAGAUAUCCAAGUCCUCUAAUGUGCACGAAUUCCUCACGAAGUUACAGUGUUGUCCCACUAGUGAUGGUUCCGCCUGUUGCAUUCUUGCUUCGGAAAGUUUUGUGAAACGUCACGGACUGGAGGCACAAGCCGUUGAGAUUAUUGCCAUGGAAAUGUCGACCGAUUUGCCGUCAUCGUUCAAGGAAGGAAGCGCUAUGAAGAUUGUGGGUUACGACAUGACUCGUAACGCUGCACAAAAAGUUUUUGCCAAAACUAACUUCAAACCACAGGAUGUAGAUGUGGUAGAACUUCAUGAUUGUUUUUCGGCAAAUGAGCUGAUUACCUAUGAGGCGCUUGGUUUGUGCCAGCCUGGCAAGGCAGGCGAAUUUAUCGAUCGCGGCGAUAAUACGUACGGAGGGCGGGUAGUUGUCAAUCCUAGCGGUGGAUUGAUCUCCAAGGGACAUCCGCUAGGUGCUACUGGGUUAGCUCAGUGCUCAGAGCUGUGCUGGCAACUACGUGGCGAAGCUGAUAAGCGCCAAGUGAAGGGAGCUAAACUUGCCUUACAGCAUAAUAUUGGUUUGGGUGGUGCUGUUGUUGUGGGAUUGUAUCGGUUGGGUUUCCCUUACACAAGAAAGCCUAUUAACACCAACUUGACCGCUGCCGGAAAGCUCAAGGAUACACCCGAAGGCUUCCUAGUAGCUCCAUAUAUGAAGCUACUGGAAGAAGCCAUGGCCGAUGACAAGGAUAAUCUGAUCGAUAGAGUUCGCGGAAUCUAUGGCUUCAAGGUUACCAAUGGACCGAAUGGUGCUGAAGGCUAUUGGGUUAUUAACGCCAAGGUUGGCAAAGGCUCCGUCACCUACAAAGGAACUGAUAAACCUGAUGUAACAUUCAUUAUAAAUGACAUCGAUGUUGUGGAUUUAAUAUCCGGUAAGCUCAACCCACAAAAAGCCUUUUUCCAAGGGAAGGUCAAGAUUCAGGGCAAUAUGGGACUGGCAAUGAAAUUGGUGGAUCUCCAGAAGAGCGCAAACUCACGGAUUGAAGAGUUGAGAUCUAAGCUGUAAUGCGAUGUAGUACGGCAUUUACAUAUUUGUAUUAUAUUACGUUAACUAUUGGCUCCGUCGCGGCAUUUUAAAAAUGUAUUGUUAAGACCAAUUGUGAGAACAAUUCAAGGAUAUAUUUUAUAAAUAAAACAUAAACUGGUGAUAGCUCCUA